AACAAAAUCAGAGUUACCGCCUGACACUUGAUCAUGAUGGCUGAAGGAGUUGUUUAAAAGUGGCAAAGGAACAGAAGAUGGCUUUCCCCUGUUGCAUGAGCUCUGAGGAGCUCAGUCAAAGGCAAAGGUCUAAACUUAUUGAUAAGCAAAUUGCCAAGGAAAAAGUUUUCUUUAGGCGGAAAGUCAAGAUAUUAUUGUUAGGAGCGGGUGAAAGUGGGAAGAGCACAUUCUUGAAACAGAUGAGGAUCAUUCAUGGCAGAGAUUAUUCGACAGAAGAUCUGCAUGAAUUCAAGCCUAUCAUCUACAGCAAUGUGCUAAAGGGGAUGAAGGUUUUAGCUGAUGCCAGAAGAAAGCUCAAGAUACCGUGGGGAGACCCGAAUAAUUCAGUUUUUGGCGAUCUUAUCCUUGCAUUCCAGUCAUCGGUCAUUGACACCCAAACAUUUCUGGAUUACGUCGAUUGUGUCAAACACUUGUGGGAGGACGAUGGCAUACAAAAGGCUUACCAAAGGAGAAAUGAAUUCCAGUUGGGUGAUUCGACAAAGUACUUCCUCGAUAAUUUGACAAGAAUUGGCAAGCCAGAAUUUCUGCCGACCAAGCAAGAUGCCCUCCAUUCUCGUAAAGCAACAAAGGGUAUCCAGGAGUAUGAUUUCGAAAUUAAAGGAAUCCCGUUUGUCAUGGUUGAUGUGGGAGGCCAAAGGUCCCAGCGCACGAAAUGGUUCCAGUGCUUUGAUGAGGUAACUUCAAUACUCUUCAUGGUAUCCUCAAGCGCCUUCGACCAAGUUAUCAUGGAGGACAGAAAGACAAACUGCCUCAUCGAGUCUUGCAUGAUUUUUGAGACGAUCGUAAAUAACAAGUGCUUCGCUAACGUUUCCAUCAUUCUUUUCCUCAACAAGACUGAUCUUCUCAAAGAAAAAAUCAAAUUUAGUAAUAUUUCGGACUAUUUUCCCCAGUUCCAAGGUAGGCCGGACGACCUUAAAGAUGUGCAGUCAUUUAUACUUCAGAUGUUUGACAGCCGAAGACGAGAAAGAUCGAAGGCCCUUUUUCACCAUUUCACUACAGCUAUUGAUACCGAGAACAUUAAAUUUGUAUUCCAUGCAGUUAAGGACACUAUUUUGCAAGACAACCUGAAGUCAUUGAUGUUACAGUGACGAUAUCGAUUUUAUGAUUGGUCUCCAGUCCUGUUGUGACUCUUUCGAUGUAGGCCGCUAUGACAGACGUUACCAUCCAGUGACAAUGGUAACUUUCAACUGUAUAGGAAGUUGAAAGACUUCGCUAUAUGUCACUUUGUACUACUGUUUUCAUGCGAGAAUUUUAAAUUUUAAUUCAUGUUCUUUCUAUUUUUGAUUAACGAAAACCAUUAGGUAGGAAUACUUUCUAUAUAUCAAGUUGCCUUUUUAGACAUGGACCAGACCGCUUCUAGAUCUAAAUUUAAAGAUUGUUCUCACGUGACGUCAUCGGUCAUACGUUGGUUGAUUAGCACACUACUAUAUGCUGGCGCCAUUGAUUUAUUCUUGGUUUUUUAUUUCUAAUGCUUUUGAACUGACUGACAUCAAGCUUAACUUUUUUAGACGUUAUUGGCAGUGUUUUCCUAAAUUCUAACUCGUUUUCAAUACAAUUUAACGGUUUAUAACUCCUUAAGCGGAAGAAGGAGAACGUUUCAUAUUCAAAAAAUUCCCCUUCCUAUGGAUUUGCAUGGCUCGUAUUCACAAUGUGGACCUAAAAUGCAAAUGGUUAGAAUCGUUUAUCAUAAAAUUUUCAGAUGCCUUCUCCUUCUUCCCUUGCACGUGCUGCGUUUGACCCAUAUCACUUCGCUCCAGUCAUUUUAUUACAUUUUUAAGAGACAGAUCCCAUAUUUGAUUCUAUUUUGUUCUGAGUUUUUCAUUUAAGUAUGAUUGAUUGAAGUUUAGAGGUUGUAUGAAAUUGUAAGUAAUUCUUUGCUUCUGAAACGUGAGGUUCUCUUGCGAAUCAAGUUACUUUGCCGUGGAUUCGGUAUCCCCUGAAAGCCUUGACGUUUGAAUCAUUCCGAUCCCAAUGCUUAUGUCGAAACUUAGCCAGAUCUCAGACUGGAAUUCAAAUUGCCUGUGUUACAGACAAAGAUGAAUCCCAUUAUAUCGAAAGGCACAUAGUGUGAAUCUCCAUCAAGUAGAUACUGCAAGAUCAUGAUCGCAUUAUUUUCUUUUUGAUUUUGACAGGGGUUAGCAGAAAUACGAGUAAUUUUUGGAUCGAAUUCAUGUGUUCAAGAGUAACCAAGAUUUUGCGAAAUUAGUUUUAUCAGUGUUGAUAUGUCUUAAUCUUUUUAAACAAAGCCGGAUCAUGGCAGAAUGCUAUGACUCUGGUUAAUCUCAACCUGCGUCUUCAAAAGUUUCCUUUCGCGCCUCUGAUCAUUAUCAAAAUAAGAAAGUACAUUUGGCUUUCUGGAUAUCAACUUUGGCAAUUCACAAUUCAGCCCCAUAAUGCAGUAGUGCAUGAAUGGUACAACUUUCCAGACCAGCUAUGCAUCGCACCCGUUAUAAAACCACUCCCAGCCUAAUGCCAUCUAGUGGGGCUCAGUUUCGGACUCCUCCCUACUGCCCACGUGUUGCUUUCAUUGUAUUCCCGUUUUGGUACCAGCAUAUAAGACUGUUUUUCGUUCCAUUGCAUCCUUACUUUAAUACAUUGUAAAUAAGUAGAUAUAUUUCGAAGAGCAUUGUGAUACUUUGCACAUCCGUGAUUUUAUUAGGCCUCUGUGGCUCCCAUUCGAGGGUCAGGAUGAUUAUUUUGCUUGUCGUCCCCUUAUUAAUCGCUAUGUAGCAUUUAGCAUUAUAUGCAAACAUUCAUUAGCCGUUGUCA